AACAAAGAGUUGACGUUUCACCGCGUAGCAAGUGAAAGUGUCACGUCGGUGUAAUUUCUGUCAGGAAUAUUUUUGUUUCGCUAAAAAUUCUUAUUGACUGUCUAGUGAAACAUAUAGGUUAUUGCCGGGGAAAAUGGGUGUAAAACCUGCAAUUGGAAGAAAAUCUAACAAGAACCCACCUAUUUUCAGUCAUGAAUUCGUUAUUCAAAACCAUGCAGACAUUGUUUCAUGUGUGGUUAUGUUUUUCUUAGUCGGAUUGAUGGUCCAGGCGACAAGUCCCGUUGCGAGUUUGUUCAUCAGUCUUCAUCAUAAUGUCAGUGGCGUCGAGCCGACACGAGAACUGCCAAAGGGAGAGCCUUUCCUCUAUGAAGCAGGCUGGAAAGAUGGUUGUGCGGUGUUUUUCUACUCCCUCGUCUGUAUUGUCAUGCAUGCUAUUCUUCAGGAAUACUUUUUGGACAAAAUUUCGAAAAAAUUUCACCUUUCAAAGUCAAGGUUGAGUGCACUCAAUGAGUCUGGACAACUGAUUGUGUUCCACUUAGUGACUCUUUUCUGGGGAGGAGAUGCUAUUAUGCGUGAAGGCUUUGUGUUCAACAUUUCCAAACUUUGGGAUGCAUACCCCGACCACCCAAUGAGUUUCUUGCUGAAGCUGUGGUGGAUUGUCCAAGCUGCAUACUGGCUCCACACUAUCCCCGAACUCUACUUCCAAAGGAUUAAGAAGGAUGAGUGGGCCGGACGCACUCGAUCUGCCGCUAUUGCAUUUGCUUUUGUCGCUGUUGCAUAUGGAUUCAAGUUCCAACGUGUAGGAGUGUGCCUUGUGGUACUCCACUCCCUGGCUGAAUUCGUCGCCCACAGUUACCGCCUCAACAAUAUCCUGAGGGGAGAGAGGGACGACUUCUUGGACAAAUUCGUGAGUCUGGUGAACGGCAGCGUGUUCGUGGCGGUGCGCCUGUGCUCGCUGGUGCUGGGCGUGCUGACGUUCUACUUCGGGCUGGCGGGCGUGGCGCCGCUACUACAGCGCGUGGCCGCGCUCUCCGUGCUCGUCACCUUCCAGGUGUACUUGAUGUACAACUUCAUCUCUGAGACAAUCAAGCAGAGGCAAGAGUCCCGCCAGCUGGCCCAGAGCAGGCCCAAGAAGGAAAAGAAGGAGAAACCCAAGAAAGAAAAAGUAAAGAAAGUCCCCACCGAGGAGUCAGACCUCCCCGAGGUGGACCAGAACACCAACAAGACCCUACGACAGCGCCAGGCCACCAAAGCCAAGUUCGUGAGCCUGGUGAACGGCAGCGUGUUCGUGGCGGUGCGCCUGUGCUCGCUGGUGCUGGGCGUGCUGACGUUCUACUUCGGGCUGGCGGGCGUGGCGCCGCUACUACAGCGCGUGGCCGCGCUCUCCGUGCUCGUCACCUUCCAGGUGUACUUGAUGUACAACUUCAUCUCUGAGACAAUCAAGCAGAGGCAAGAGUCCCGCCAGCUGGCCCAGAGCAGGCCCAAGAAGGAAAAGAAGGAGAAACCCAAGAAAGAAAAAGUAAAGAAAGUCCCCACCGAGGAGUCAGACCUCCCCGAGGUGGACCAGAACACCAACAAGACCCUGCGGCAGCGCCAGGCCACCAAAGCCAAGUGAAGCCGCGGCGCGCGCUAGUAUCCUAGAUUGUCUCCAUCCCGUACUGAGUCUUUCCACUACACUUCACUCUCAUCCUCUUUCUUCAGUCUGUCUACAACUUCACCGUUAUCGUCUAAGCACAAAUACCUUCGUUCUCAGACUGUCCGACGGCAUUUAUAUUUUACGAUAUCGUAGUCUACCCUCAAAUGAAUGUUAAUGGAUAGAUUCAAACGUCUCUGUGUACAUGACAUAAUAUUAUUAACAAUAUUUAUCAUAGCGUAACAUAUUAUAACAUAGAUGUGGUGUCGAUAUCUUUUUAAUCAUACAUUCAUUUAGACUGCGUACUACUAUUGUCAUUAAAAGUAUAGUGGAUACAGGGUUGUAAAAAUAUCUCCUAAAAGUGUAAAAAUAAAAACUCUAGGUUUAAAUGUUGUUUAUAUGAAUAUAUUGAAUAAGGAUUAUGAAGUACUGUGUGUUCAUACACAUUAAAUGAUGAAAAUUCCAUUUUUAUUUUGCAUUUCGAUUUUAAAUCAAUAUGUUCUUCAUAAUGGAUUCCAAUAAAGAUAACGAUUUAAAUGAUUUUUAUUUUAUUUUUAUAUGGUUGCUAUAUUUUUAUCACAUAAAAUUUCUAUAUUUUUAACUCGAUACUUAGUUUUCUUAUGUGACAAUCUUUUGGUGCUCUUGAAUUUUAUUAUACUUACCUCAAUCGAAAUUAUCUUUGGUUUUUGAAUGGGGAUAGGCGUGUUGCGUGUAACAUCAUGAGAUGCGAUCUAAGUUUAUUGUUACAACCAAUGCCUGUAAGAUGGUACACAAUGAAAUUAUACUUCCUAAUGUAAAAUUGUGCUCAUAAAUUAUUAUAUAAUUUUCGUGAGAUAUGUCAAUUUUAAAAGCUUGAUGUUAUUU